CAAUACGCGAGACAGGUAGUUCGAUCAAAUUUACUUGUUUCUCACAUAGAUAUAUGUUCAUUUUUUUGUGUAAAAUAAACUAAUAAAAAAAGGAAAAAGUGUGCACAACGCGACAGCCCAAAAAAAAGUUAUAUUUUUAUUAUUUUUUUAUUCAAAUCGCGCGAAGAAAAUGCGAGGAAAGUCAAAAUUCGGGGAAAAAAGACUGAAUCAUGCUCCGUUCAUCACCUUCAGCAGUACUUAGUGUAGUCGUCGUUGUAUUGUCAUCAUUGCCAUCAUUAUUAUUAUUAGUCGUAGAUAUGACCGAGUCUCAAUUAAUCACGACGAGAACGGGAAAUAACCUCUGAAAAAGAAAGACAUUAUCGAACAAAAAUCGAAUACAAUGAAAAACAGUUGAUCAGAUAAAAAUUAGUGUAGUGAACAUUUUUUUUAUUUUCUUAUUGAAUGAAAGGCGAGGCGACACAAUGACGACGACCUGAUCGAAUUUAAGUGUGAAAAAAAAACAAAAAAUUAGCGAAAAAAGUUUCAAAAAUAGCACAUGAAAGAAAAUUUUUUGUGUAUAUGAAACAACAACGUGCGGUUGAGUUUCAUUUUAUAUCCUGAUAACAACAGUCGUCGGCGUAGUAGUGUAAAAUAUAGAUAUAGAACGUCACAACGCCAGUUCCGAUACGAUACGCGGAGCAGCAAGAGCAUCAGCAGUAGCAACAACGAUAGCAAUAAUAAUAAUAACACCAAAGUCACACACACACGACUCACAAAAAAAAUAUGCCAUGCCGGAAGUAGUGCAUUGAACUUUGACUAAAAAAAAAGAAGAAGAAAAAAAAAUAAAUCUUAAUAAAACGAAAAAUUUACUAUGAUAAAGUGCCUUAGUGAUAGUUGUAGACAACGUACGAAAAGUAGGAUGCAAUUAGCCAUCCUACGUGAAUCAAUUGCACAAAAAUGUUUAGUCCGCAAAUAAAGGGCAGCUGCAGUCACGACAAGAACCCGGGCGUCCUUUCCGUGUGGUUCUCGUCGUUACGUCGCCGCCCGAAGAACGAAAAAAAUGCCUCACAAAACAAAAAAUUACAAAAAAGUUGCAUCGACUUGUCGGAAACCUCCAAAUUUUACACGUCCAUUGACGAGCAUGGUGGCGGCGGCGGGGCACGAGCGUCUUCCAAAGAGCAACUUUUGCAGUGUGGCGGCUCCGAGUGUCCUCACACGCCCCACAGUUUCAACAAAGCCACAAGUCUUCCGCCCGUGGAUGUUUCGUCGCCGUCACAUGACAGCAGCACCGCCUCUUCCUCGAUCUCGUCUUCCCUGACAGACCGUUCGGGGGGUGGCCUCUGUUCAAAUUGCUGCCAAUUCUCGACGUUGUCGAAGCACAGCGAAAUCAAGUUGAUCAACAACAAGGACGAGGUUCGACUGCUGGCGAAGACGAAACCGAAUGGCGAUAAAAUUUACGCCUUCCGGAACCGGGAAAACAUCAAAAAAGUCACGACAACCACAAUAACGCGCACAACUGUGAUCAAUAAGCAGAAUCGCAUCGGAUUCAUUUAUGCGUCGGGCGAGGAUGCCAUGUCGUCGUCGUCUUCGGCGUCGCCAACGCCAACUCAUUUGCCGGAACUGAGGCAACUUUUGGCACAAUCCGGGCCACCGGCAACAACAACAACAACGAAAAAAACGCUUAAUACAGGUAACAACACACAAAGUACACAAAGUCUAAACACCCUACCAUCGUAUCAUCGCAAUAAAAUUAGUCGUAAGGAGCUGCAGCACAAUAAUUCGACGAACCACGAAGCAACUAGUCAACAAUCCGCAUCGACAAACACGAGCACCAGUACGCCCGAUACGUCGGCCAAAACGCGUCAAUUAAACUUGCUGGACGACAGUACGCUGGAAUUUAUCGAUAGCGGGAACGGUAGUGAGAUUUUUGGGGAUCGCGAAUGCACGCAUUUGUCGUGCAAGCAUUGCAAAUGCAAGAAUCAAUUUAAGUCGGCACCUGAAUUGUACUUUCAACAGAACAAGGAGCAAAUUAAAGACGAACUCAUUGAAGUAGUGGCGGAAAUAGAAACUCACGAAUCUCAAGAUGACAGCAAAAAUUCAAGUAAAGACAGGCAGCUGACAAUGGGUCGCAAAAAGUUCAAUAUGGAUCCUAAAAAAGGUAUUGAGUUCCUCGUGGAGCACCAACUACUGAGGAUGGACCAAAAAGACGUCGCUCAGUUCUUGUACAAAGGCGAAGGACUUAACAAAACAGCUAUCGGUGAUUAUCUGGGCGAACGAAAUGACUUCAAUGAGCAGGUCUUGAAGGCAUUUGUGGAUUUGCACGACUUUACCAACCUUAUUUUAGUGCAAGCGUUGAGGCAAUUUCUUUGGUCCUUCCGCCUCCCAGGAGAAGCUCAAAAGAUCGAUCGGAUGAUGGAAUGUUUCGCUCAACGCUAUUGUCAAUUAAAUCCAGACAUUUUUACCAACACAGACACGUGUUACGUCCUCAGUUUCGCCAUUAUCAUGCUGAAUACGUCGUUGCACAAUCCAUCGGUAAAAGACAAGCCAACAGUUGAGCACUUUAUCACAAUGAACCGCGGAAUCAAUAACGGUGGCGAUUUGCCGCGAGAACUGCUGAUUUCGCUGUAUGACUCCAUCAAGACCGAGCCAUUUAAAAUCCCGCAAGAUGACGGAAACGAUCUGAUGCACACCUUUUUCAAUCCCGACAAGGAAGGUUGGCUGCUGAAACAAGGCGGUCGUUAUAAAUCGUGGAAACGUCGAUGGUUCAUCCUGAAUGACAACUGUUUGUAUUAUUUCGAAUAUACGACAGACAAGGAGCCACGCGGAAUUAUUCCACUGGAAAAUAUCAAAGUGCGGAGUGUGCAGGACCGGAGUAAGCCACAUUGUUUCGAGCUGUAUGCCACAGAAAAUAACAUCAUUAAAGCGUGCAAGACGGAUUCCGAGGGAAAAGUCGUCGAAGGCAAACACACCGUCUACCGCAUGUCGGCAGCUUCCGAGGAAGAACGCGAAGAAUGGAUAAAAUGUUUGAAUCAAUCGAUCAGCACAAAUCCCUUCUACGACAUCCUAGUGCAGCGAAAAAAGAAAGCUUUUGCAAAUAGUUAGUAUUUUUCAACCGUCACCCCACUCCAUCUCAUCAUCAUCAUCAAAGUCAUUUUCAUCAUCCCAACUAUACACAAAACUUACUCAUUACAGAUAGUCCUCCUUACAUAUACUUUAAAAAUAAAUACAAUUUAAAUGUCCUCUAGUAAAAUAUUUAAUGCCAUUUUUAUUAAAAAUAUAUAUAUUAUAUUAUAUAUCAUUAUAUCAACAAGAAAGUAGCUAUAUACUAUUUAAAAAAUUAAUUAUAACCCACAAUUGGGCCACGCGUCAAGGAAGAAAAAUUAAAGAGUAUUAUUUAUAAGUGAUUUUGAAUUAAAACCUCCCGAACCUUAUAUUAAACGAAAACUUAUAAUGAAACCAGCGGACGAAAAAAAGGUCCAAUCUUCCUUAAAAUUUCGCGAGAAACAAGUAUUGUAAAUAAAUAAUAAUAAUUAAAAUAAAAUAGAACUUCUGGCUUAAGAAAAAAAAAUUACAUAGAAAUUUUACAAAAAAGAAAUAAAUUUUAGAGAACAAAAAAAAAUACAAGGAAAACAAAUUUUUACUGA